UCUCCGACCUGCCUCCCGCUACCCCGAGGGCGCGCAGAGCCCCGGUGUCCGCGCGCGCGCGCGCUCUGCGGUUAUGGAGAUUCCCGGGAGCCUGUGCAAGAAAGUCAAGCUGAGCAACUUGACUCAGAACGCGCAGAACUGGGGGAUGCAGAGGGCAACUAAUGUCACCUAUCAAGCCCACCAUGUCAGCAGGAACAAAAGAGGUCAGGUGGUAGGGACCAGAGGUGGCUUUCGUGGUUGCACAGUUUGGCUAACAGGCUUGUCUGGGGCGGGGAAGACUACCGUGAGCAUGGCCCUGGAAGAGUACUUGGUUUGCCAUGGCAUUCCAUGCUACACUUUGGAUGGUGACAAUAUUCGUCAAGGUCUCAAUAAAAAUCUUGGCUUUAGUCCUGAAGACAGAGAAGAGAACGUUCGGCGCAUUGCAGAAGUUGCUAAGCUCUUUGCAGAUGCUGGCUUAGUGUGUAUCACAAGUUUUAUAUCACCUUACACUCAGGAUCGCAACAAUGCAAGGCAAAUCCACGAAGGUGCAAGUCUACCUUUCUUUGAAGUGUUUGUUGAUGCUCCUCUGCAUGUUUGUGAACAGAGAGAUGUCAAGGGACUCUACAAAAAGGCCCGAGCAGGAGAAAUUAAAGGUUUCACUGGGAUUGAUUCUGAAUAUGAAAAGCCUGAAGCCCCUGAGUUGGUGCUGAAGACAGAUUCCUGUGAUGUAAAUGAUUGUGUCCAGCAAGUUGUGGAGCUUCUACAGGAACGGGAUAUUGUACCUGUGGAUGCCUCUUAUGAAGUAAAAGAACUGUAUGUACCAGAAAAUAAACUUCACUUGGCAAAAACAGAUGCAGAAACAUUACCAGCAUUGAAAAUUAAUAAAGUGGACAUGCAGUGGGUGCAGGUCUUGGCAGAAGGUUGGGCAACGCCCCUGAAUGGCUUCAUGCGAGAGAGGGAAUACUUGCAGUGCCUUCAUUUUGAUUGUCUUCUGGAUGGGGGUGUCAUUAACUUGUCGGUGCCUAUAGUGCUGACUGCCACUCAAGAGGACAAGGAGAGACUGGAUGGCUGCACAGCAUUUGCUCUGAUGUACGAGGGCCGCCGAGUGGCUAUUCUUCGCAACCCAGAGUUUUUUGAGCACAGGAAAGAGGAGCGUUGUGCCAGACAGUGGGGAACAACAUGUAAAAACCACCCCUACAUUAAGAUGGUUAUGGAGCAGGGAGACUGGCUGAUCGGAGGAGAUCUUCAAGUCCUGGACCGAAUUUACUGGCAUGAUGGUCUUGAUCAGUAUCGCCUCACUCCUUCUGAGCUCAAGCAGAAAUUUAAAGAUAUGAACGCUGAUGCUGUCUUCGCAUUUCAGUUACGCAACCCAGUACACAAUGGACAUGCUCUGUUAAUGCAGGAUACCCACAAGCAACUUUUAGAGAGAGGCUACCGUCGCCCUGUCCUCCUCCUUCAUCCUCUGGGUGGCUGGACAAAGGAUGAUGAUGUUCCUUUGAUGUGGCGCAUGAAGCAGCAUGCUGCUGUGUUGGAGGAAGGGAUCCUGAAUCCUGAAACUACAGUAGUGGCCAUCUUCCCAUCCCCCAUGAUGUAUGCUGGACCAACGGAGGUUCAGUGGCAUUGCAGAGCACGGAUGGUGGCAGGGGCCAACUUUUACAUCGUCGGAAGAGAUCCUGCCGGCAUGCCUCAUCCAGAAACAGGAAAGGAUCUCUAUGAACCAACCCACGGCGCCAAAGUGCUGACCAUGGCUCCUGGCCUAAUCACUCUGGAAAUAGUUCCCUUUCGAGUUGCAGCUUACAACAAGAAAAAGAAGCGAAUGGACUACUAUGACUCUGACCACCAUGAAGAUUUUGAAUUCAUCUCAGGAACACGAAUGCGCAAACUUGCUCGGGAAGGCCAGAAACCUCCAGAAGGCUUCAUGGCUCCCAAGGCUUGGACUGUGUUGACGGAGUACUAUAAGUCCUUAGAGAAGGCUUAGACUGCUAGCCUGUCGCCCACCUAUGACACUUCACUGAGUACCACAGGAAUCAUAGAGUCACUGGUGGCAUUUCUUUGUAGUUAUGUGUGUCUGGAUGUGUUUCUAAAACAGACUUAUCUUCUUCCUUAACUUGCUAUUAUGUUGUUUAUGCCUUACAAGCUCUGUUUUGAACUAUGUAACCCACUGCUUGUUUUAAUGUAUCUUUUCCACUUAUUCUACUUAAUAUUCUUAUAAUACGAUUUUUAAACCUUGUCUUUUUAUAUUAUAUUUAUGCUUCUGUCUCAUGAUUUUUUUUCAAGCUAUCCUAUUAGUUCUAACCAGUAAUAUAUAGAAUGUCACUUUCUUCCCUUAAGAAACAGAAGGGGAAAAAAAAAAUCACUAAACAGUAAACUUGGCUAGAACUUGUUUCUGGGAAUUUUACAAGACAUCUGUAACAAUUAAAUUUUUUUUUUCUAUAUUGAAAAUGUAAACUGCUUCUUUUUUGCCUUCCAGUUAAUCAUCUUUCAGCUCUUAUCAUCUGAAGUGUUCUUACGAUCUGUGUGAGCUGUGGACAAAUUCCUUUAUUCAAUAAAAUUAAUUUUUUGGCUUCUUA